AUGGCCUUGACGUCCCAUAUUGCCCCAGUCGCGGUGGGCGUUUGCUUUAUUUACUUCGCCAGUUUCCUUGUUCUGGCAGUAUUUCGAGUCGCAACAGGGAUAUCAAUCCAACGCAUUGGAUGGCUUUCAUUACAUCAUAUCCUAUACUCACCAAGGGAAGGACCGCAAAUCAAGAUUCAUCACCUCGGCUUCACCUUUCACAGGCCGUCUUGCCACAAGCCAACAUGGAUCAGUAUUCGGUUGGAACAGUUGAUUAUCACGCUAGACCCUUCUCUGAAGAGAACCGAUGGCGCGAUAACCUCGGAGAUUGCGCCGAAGCCCCUACAACGGACUAACAGCGUCCAAAUUGAUGGGCGGAAUGAGAAAAAUAGUCGACAUACAAGGCCCAAGCCGAUACGAACAAUAUUAAAGCAGACAAAGAGUUUCUUUAAAUACCUACACCGAAGGCUCGGCGUGCUGGCUUUGAUAGACAUCACUAUCAAUGAUAGCUCUGUUAGUCUUUCAAAUGCUGGGCGAAUACGGGUCGGGUCGAUUUCCUUCCAGUUAGAUGUACAAAAGCCUAUAUUGGAUCAAAUCAAUGGCCUGCAUUCCAAGGCCAUCCUUGCUGAACAAACAACUGCAAACUGGAGAAGGAAGCCCUUUGAGAUGUUAAACAAGGUAGACGUGGACUUGCACACACUGCUAGUCAGGGCAUUCGGAGCGCUGCCGAGGGAUCUAUCAAUUGCAGUUAGAGCAGGGAAAUUACAUAUACCGUACGACGAUCUCCGGGCGCUUUGCCUACACAUAAGAGCUUCCCCGUUGUGGCCUCCAAAGGAAUCAAAAAAAUCAAGUAUAGGUAGCAACAGGCUAGGGGAAGAGUCUGACACUCAACAAUUGGCAAAGUCACUCCUUCAGGUAUUACAGGAAAUUAGGGUGAGCACUGAGUCCUUCCAGUUAUCGUGGGGUGUCCAGUCGCUCGGCAGGCAAAAUCCAACUGCCGUGAGCAUUAUGACACAUGAGACCGCGUUCAGGAUCAAGAGGAUAGAACAAAGUGCACCCGAACACCGUACUAGUUUCCGAGUACAUGACAUUGUCCACCAGCUCGAACUCACUGUGUCGUCUCUUUCCGUGUGUUUGGAAAGUGACUCGAAGACAACAGAAAGCAUCGUUUAUAUUCCUACUGUUAGCUUGAGUAUCAAGUCCACGAUACUAUUGCAGACCGUGAGAGCGUGCUUCAAAGAACAUGUGGAUGAUGACAACCCCAGCAUUCUGCUGGCAAGCUUGGCUAUCUCGUCACCCUCAAUAGACCUGCAGGGCAACAGUGUUUCACAACUCUCGGGCUUGCUCAAUACCCAUAACUCACGUGCAAGCCAGGGGAAGGGCCCGGAUGUCGACUAUGCUCUCUCAGGGUUUCUCCCAAAGGCAAAUAUUAAGCUUUCUAUUCAUGAACCGGUUGUGCGACUGCUACUGCCAAUUACAGAAGACAUUGAGACCUCAAAUGAAUGCAACACUGAAUCAUCUCUCCUGUGGACGAACGGCACCGACUAUUCAGUGUCAUCCGAGUUCCGGAUGUUAUCAUGUCGAACAUAUCACCAGUCCCCGGACGGUGCAAAGCAAGAUAUGUUUGGGACAGAGAGCUUAAGGCUUAACGUAAAUCUGACCGCGGACCCAGACGUACGAAGUAUUGUUGUUGGCAACUUAAAUACGCCCACCCUGCACAUGACCAACCAAGUGGUUUGGCAAACUAUUUGCGGGCUGCUGGAAGCAUAUAAAGUCCACUGGGUAGCGCAGGCUGGGGUGCAAGGUUCGGCUGACAGGAAAGGAAUGAGUCUUCUGAACCGCAUCUUAAGAUGCCUUCUCUAUUUCAGUUUCAACACCAGGGCCCUUACGUUGAAUAUUGCCGGUCUCGAUUCCACCGUCUCUGAAACCCCUCGCGGUAUCUCGGUCCGAUUGGAGGAGUGGAUGCUGGAAUACAGCGGUGGCUUAUCAAAUCAGAGCGUUGAUAGUAUCAAGCAUAAUGAGCUUUUAGGCCAGAGCUGCACAGAGAAGGUCUCGGCAUCUGAAAAUUUGCACACAUUGGGGCCCGACAAUGUGCAUCGUGACGGUGGAGAUACAUAUCGCUUUAAAGCUCAUCUCACCGGCCUCAACGGCUUUACCAUCGAGUCUGAGGAGUAUGGGGCGCCUGAAUCGUUUAUUUCAGUCCCAAACGUUGCUGCCUCGCUGUGCAGCCCCAAGGACCUAAUUGUACCCGCUCUGGAUGUGGAGUGUCAGGUUGACAGGAUCUACCUCGAGUACUCCUUGCAUCGGCUUUAUUGUGCUGUAGUCGCAGGGUCUAUGGUACAGAAACUCUUUUCUUUCUCGCCGCCCUACCGUCCCACAAAGCCGGACGGGGACACAAGAGACCCUGCAGGUUUUGGGGUACCGCCAUCACAACCAAACGCCGCUUUGCAUAGUAGGGUACGCACUGCGAAAUUCGGGAUUGCCCUCGUUCAGCUGAAAUCUUUUCUUCCUGAUGAUGUUCGAAUAAUGCUUCAACUGCAUAAGUUCGAUUGUGGUGCUCGGAAAGAAUGCAUUCCGUCUAUCGCAGCACAGCUUGUGCGACUACACAUAGAGGCCCCUGAGCUUAAUGAUACCUGGGAACGGCUUGGGAGUGUGGCUAACGUACAUUUGGAUCUGAACGACAAAUCCGACGAGGCACGCGCUGCGCCAGCUGUCGGGGUCCUUCUUCGAUUAUCGGCCGACAUUAUUCGCCUGGUUGUUCCUCACCGGUUGAAAAUGGUUCCAAUAUUUAAUAGCGUGAUAAAUACAGCGAAGGCCGUAAAGCAGUUACGCGACCGCUUCUAUAAUCACCAAAAUGAAUUUUCGACAGUUAGGGAGCCCCAGCAACCGAAAAGGAUUCCUAGAUUGUUGUUGAGUAGCAGGGUUCUUCUGGUUGAGCUGCAAGAUGAUACAUUUGAGUGGAAGUUGGGCAGAAUUUUUAGGGCCGGAUUAGCAGAGCAGGCGCAACGCUUAGCUCGUGAAGAGGCUUUCUACCGCAAAUUGCAGGAAACUAGAAGCUUCAAGCAGCGAGACCCUGAGGCUGGAUUACGUGUGAAUCUAGCUGACCGGCAGUCCACCGAGGAAGAAGUUCAUCAAACUAGAAACAGAACCACAAGCUCAGAUAUGCGUUGUAGAGGAGAACUAGACAAACAACAAAGAGCGGCAUCGUCACCAAAUGCGAGCAACGUUAAUUUCCUGUCUUCAGAGGGUAAAUGUUCGGAAGAAACUGCGUGGUAUCGACUGCAGCGACGCAACGCUCAGCUUUGGAAGCACAAGAUAGACACUGGACUUGCUCUUCCAUGGAGUGACACGGACGAGUUCAGGAAAUCGAUAUCCACAGCAGAUGAACCUCUAGAUGACAUUGGCGAUUCCGAAACUAUUCUCCCUAUUCCGGACAGACUGGGUCUAAUGUCGAUGAAGAUUCACGGCUUGAGACUUGUUGUAGAUGAGCCCACGUUUUCCCUGGAUGGAUAUCCCAGGUUUCUUCAUGAAAUUGGAAAAGGGAUGCCCAUGUCUAUGAAGUACGAUUUGCUUAUACCUAUGAGCAUAGAUUUGCAAAUGGGCGAAGUGAAAGUUAGUCUCAGGGAUUAUCCCCUGGAUUUCAUACACAUCCCAGCAUUGUGCGGGGAUCAGGCAGACAAGGCUCCCAGCUGUUCUUUACAAACUAAUCUUGUCAUUGCUGAGGAGUGGCGCGAUAACCGAUCAGCCCGACAGGCCCAGGUCGAACUUUUACCGCCGAGAAAAUUACCCAACGGAAAGUUCAGUGAUCCAUACACUAUCCACGUCUGGCGCUCAGUAUCACCGAUCAAAAGCUAUUCUAACCCUAUUUUUGAGAUCUACACAAGCCUUCCCACAAGUAUUUCGUGGGGUGUUUCCUACCAGCCAGUCAUGCAGGAUAUAAUGGGGGUUCUGGACGGAUUCAGUAAACCGAGCAUUGACCCAUCAGAUCCAAUUGGAUUCUGGGACAAAGUGCGCCUGGGCUUCCAUUCAAGGAUACAGGUGCUUUGGACGAAAGGGGGAGAUGUUCAUCUUCGCCUCAAGGGUUCCCGUGACCCGUAUGCCCUGACAGGCUCCGGAGGCGGCUUUGUGAUGUGUUGGCGCGGCAAUGUCAAAUGGGAAAUCCACACUAACGACAACCCAAUGGAACUCAUGAACGUUACGAGCUCGGAAUAUAUAUUGGCUAUUCCUGACUAUAGCUUUGAAGCACGGAAACAGCGAGUGCCGAUCCCGCAAGUUUUGGAUAACAGUUCGACAACCCUUCAGCACAACGCUGCCGAUUUCAAGAAAGUGAUCGUGAAACUAAUUGGUGAUGUGAAAUGGACGGUCGGCUUGGUCUUUGAGCGUGAUUUGAACAAUGACAUGCGGACUUUCCAUAGCAGUCCACAUUAUAACGUGGUUCUGCAUCACCCUAGAUUUAUUGGCAAAGAUCCGAAAUACGACGCCUAUCGUGGGUUCAGAAGUGACUAUAUACAUCUAUCACUUGGGAUAAUUGCUCCUCAAGGGAGAAACUGGGCUCCUGACAAUGAACAGUCAAGUAUAACUUACAACGCUAUUCACCUGACACCCUUGUUCUUCACACACUUUUAUAGCUGGUGGGCCUUGUUUUCCCGCGUAAUGUCUCUUCCAGUGCGCCAAGGAUCGCUAUGGCCUGAAACCGCCAAAUCCAACAAAAGCUCCGGUGGGCAGUUGGCGACAAUCGAGUACAAACUUCUUCUGGCACCAUUGUCCGUCGCUCAUAUAUACAAAUAUAUGGAUAGUGGGAAUCCAGCUGGGAAUCCUGUGAGAGCGACGGGGUUGAAAGUCCGCUUGGAUAGCCUAGUGCUUGAUGCCCACCAAAGGCGUGAGAAGAUCAGAGCUCAAACUGACAAGGAAUCAACUCCAACAACGACCACCACCAUGCGAUUUCAUGAGGCGGAGAUUGACUUACAGUGUGCAGACUUCCGAGCUAUCUCAAGCCACUUUCAAGCUGCCACGUCUGAACACGCUGACUCCAAAGAACAGAGCUUUUCAUCAUAUGGCACCCCACCCAAAUCCGUUAAACCGCGGAGAUUCAUGAUCCACGACAGAAAUUUGGAUUGGAUAGACGUGGACGACUUCGUAGAGCCUGACUGGAUCCUCCAGCUGGGCACCCCUCACCACACUGAAAUCUUACCGCUUGCUUACGCACCGCGAAUAAUCUAUACUCGGCACACGGAACAUGGCAAUAGAAAGGCAGAUGAGACAGGCUAUAGCACCUUUGGCCGAGAGCCAACUCAUGAAUGCGCCAUGUCCAAAAUCACAGACCCUCGCUUCGUCCAAACCGAAAUAGUCAAGAAACGUUUGGCUGUCGUCGAGAGCCAAAUCGGUACCUGCAAUCAGCAUUGUAGUGAUCCCAUGAUAAAUGGCACAAACCAGGACAAAUCCAGGCGUGGCAAUGUCAAUGACUGUGGAAUGGAAGCGCUGAUGAGAAGAAAGAGAACUUUAAUAUCCACCCUUCAUUAUCUGGAGGGAGACCGUAGUGACGAAGAGACUUCUUGCAAGCCUGAGGGAAAUGGACACAGGCAUACGAGCCAGCCAUCCUCCCGGGAAGAGCCAAGACUUACUCCGGUACCUAAUAAUAAUACAUCAAAUGGUGACGGAAACGACGGCUCAGACCGUGAUGAGUUUGCCAGCGAUUAUGAUAAUCGCUUCAUGGUGCACAAUCCCCAGCUGAAGUGGGCCAACCGGACCCGAGAUGUUGUCUACCACUACGUUCACAGAGUAAGCCAGCGGCGGGGUUUCGUCUAUUACAUGUCUCAGCGGGCUCUCAGAUUCAUCGAUAAAAUGGCAGAAGAGCAAAACCAAAAUGUGCAUUCAAACCAGACCGCGAGCAGGACCGAAGCCAGCAAUGGCAACGAACAGAGCCAGGAAUUCCCAAUUGACCAGUCCUUGAGCAAGGCUACUGCACCCUACGUCCCUCCCGAGGAUGCCCCGUCGUCUCCUUCAAACAAUCAGGAUUUGCCAGUGUCCAGCAACUCGCGUGAUGACUCACCCGAAUUCCUAUCGCAUCACUCCUACCAUUUGCAGUUUUUCCGUCCCCAGAUUCAGCUGCUGAGUAAGAAAAACCCGAAGUCGACCGUCCUUCUAGCCGCUCAAAAUAUGGACCUGAAGGUGAUUUCGGUACUCGACAGAGCGCAUGGCUCGGACGAUGUCAGUGGUUUAGUGCAACGGCGCUUCACCCUCGACAUGAAGGGGGGGCAAUUUUUCGUUGCGACGAAGAAGAAUUUAAUGACAUAUCUGCCUCUUUAUUCUGGUAGCACGUACGGGAAUCCGUCAGGGUCAGCUUGGCCGCCAUGGCUGAGUCUUGAGGCAAACCUUGAUUCUGAUAUUAACUCGGCCAUUUUCUCCCGGGUGCUUGAAAGGGCAUCCGCCCAUCUACAGUACAUAAAAAAUAGCACUUAUUCUCUCAAAGACAGCGGAAACGCCAAAACCGACCAGAGUGAGCAAAGUCCCAAGUGGGCUGAUUCUCAGCUGGACAAGAUAACGGUCUAUUUCCCUCAGUUUCAUGCCACGUGUGAUUCGACAGAGUAUUCUACAUUGUAUACCGUCCUUGUCGACCUCCUGCUAUACAGUGAACCACUAAGCCGAGCGCACGAUGAACGCCUAGAAAAAAUGAUGAUCGCUUUUGACUUCAGCGACUUACAAAGCGCUGCAGAUAAGCUCUCCAGGCUACAAGUCCGCAUCCGGCAGCUACAAGAAGUGAAAUCGAGUCUCCAAGUACAGGACCUUGCAUUAGGUAAUCGAGUCAGAGAGGUAUGUUGGAAGCUCGAAUGCGACCUGUUCAGAUGCCAUGAGGAGCUACACUUCAUGAUGGAAGCGAUUCAUACCGCCCAGAAACGAAAGAAGUCACCCAUGUCAAACCGUUCUGCCCUCUUGCACUGGACCCUAUCAGCGAAAGAAGCUGUUUGGCACUUAAUCUUCAAUGCUCAAUACAGUCGUACCGACUACAGUGAUGGCUCCGACGAAAACGCCAUAAUUCUUGACCGCGUAAAUGGACUGAAUCUUCUCCCAGAUGCAAGAUAUGGGCAAAUACUCGCUCCAUAUCCAGAGGUAACCCAAUCCUCGGACAAACCAUUUCUUCGGGUCAGGUGGCGUGAAUUACAACCUGUCGCUGGUAUUGCGGUCAUAGAAGAGUUUGAAGUGCUGCCCACCGGCCUGAAGGUACAAUUGGAACGCAAGCUAGGUCAGAUGAUCUUCAAAUACAUAUUCCCUGGGUCUGAUUCUAAUCCGCUUGGCACUGGUGAUAUCUCACCUUCGACAACGACGGAGCUAAGCCUUCUCGACAAUCCUGAUGGCGGGGGGGGCGAUCACGAAGGUUUGAUGGCAAGAUGCCUAACAAGCCGCAGGACAGCAACAGAUAUUCGCAAAACAACCCCCAGUGGUCUCGAUAGUGUUCAAUCGAGGCUCUCUCCUACCCUUUCGCUGCCUACGAAGGCCGAGUCUGCCCAAGAACUUAGCAAUGACUCCCCGGUAACAUCCCUCGAAAAUAAUGAUCAGCCCCUGGAAGUGUACGAUGGAUCGUACGAAGCAAAGUUAAUAUUGACGCAUAAUUCCGGAAACAAGCAAACGCCCUUUGGUGGGCCUCAAUUGCGACCAUCGGCACACACUGAUAAGACUGAUCCGAAGGAAACUGCGUCAAAGGAGGCCACGGGGUCAACCCAGUGCAGUAAUUCCCAGAAGGAUAAAGUAUCCGGCACUGGCACCCACAAAGAUGAAUUAUCGGAAAUGAUGUUUCGAGCUAGCAAGUACAUGGCCCUUACGCACGUCAAAAUACACGACGUGGUAAUAUGCUUAAGCUACAAGGGGAAGCGAAAACACAACGUGGAAGAUCUGCACGAUUUUAUCUUCCGUUUGCCAUUAUUAGAGUACAGCAACAAGCUAUGGUCCAGCGAGGACCUUGCUCUACGAUACAAAAGAGAAGUGGUCAAAGCUCUUUUCUGGCGCGCUCUUCCCAUUGUUGGAAAGAGACUGGCACAUGUUAGCUCUGUCAAGUGGGCUCAAGCUAAACCCCACGAUGUUGCGAUUCAAAGAGUUUUGUCUGGUCGAAAGUGAACUUUUUUUUCUGUGCAGUGUAAACAAGCCCCCUGUGUGAGACCUCUUUCAGCUGGCUUCAGCCCAGUAUUACACUUAAUAUCAGGGUUUAAGGUUCCCAGGGCUCGACGUUCGGGCAUGGUUCUAG